AUGUUUAAGCAUAAUACAAGGCUGUUUACUACCUCAAUUAGGCACAAUGUUACUCGUCCAAUCACCCGCCCUAAUCGUCUAUCGAAUGCCACCAAAGUUGACUUAGACGACGGCGCAGAAUUCUUCUUCAAUCCCCCACCUUCAUCCGCAGAAGCGUAUCCAGAUGGAAAUAGCGUGGUUAGUGGAUUAUUAGAUAGUAAUAUGGCAACUAGAGUAGACACACUUAACGCACCCACUCUACACUCGCGUAAGAAAUCACUCAAUUUCAACCUAUCAAGUGAUCAAAUUGGAGAAAUAAAGGAAAUGCGUAGAGCUGGUCACAGUGCUAAUGCCAUAUCUAGAAAAUUCAAUUGUAGUAAAGGUUUAAUUGCUGUUGUUGCACCUGCUUCCAAGCAGAAUAGAAUCGAGCACGUCAUCAACCAGCAGCAGCAACAGUCUACCUGGGGAUUCAAUAAGCAUCUCUCACGCCAUCAAAGACUGAAGAGGAAGGAAUAUUGGUAG